CUGGAAUUUUACUUCACUUAGUAUUUUGAAACCCAAACUAAAAAAAACUAUUUUCAAAAGUUUUGUCCCGCAACCAAAUUCAAGGUUUCUCACAAUGACCACGCACUUCUACUACCCCAACAAGGAGCUGCAGGAAGAACUGACCUGCAUAUCCAAGGCCUUGGUAGCUCCUGGAAAAGGAAUCCUGGCAGCUGAUGAGUCCAGUUCGGUGAUGGGAAAGCGAUUACAACUCAUUGGUGUGGAGAACACUGAGGAAAAUCGCAGGAUAUACCGACAAAUGUUAUUUACCACCGAUCCAAAGAUUUCGGAGAAUAUUUCCGGCGUCAUUUUCUACCAUGAAACAUUGCACCAAAGAACGGAUGACGGUGUGCCCUUCGUGGAGGUCCUGAAAAAGAAGGGCAUCCUGACUGGCAUUAAGGUGGACAAGCACUUCACCCCGCUUUUCGGCUCCGAGGAUGAGUUUACCACCCAAGGACUUGAUGAUCUGGCCAAUCGGUGUGCCCAGUAUAGGAAGGAAGGCUGCAGCUUCGCCAAAUGGCGCUGUAUCCUGAAGAUUACAAAAAAUACCCCAUCACCACAGGCCAUUCUCGAGAACUCCAAUGUCCUGGCCCGCUAUGCGGCCAUUUGCCAGUCACAACGCUUGGUGCCCAUUAUAAGUCCAGAGGUCCUAGCCACCGGAGACCACGAUCUGGACCGGUGUCAGAAGGUUAGCGAAAUCCUGCUCUCUGCGGUUUACAAGGCCCUAAGCGAACAUCACGUCUUUUUGGAGGGGACUCUGCUGCAACCCAGUAUGGUUACACCCGGCCUGCAAAGUAAUAAAAAUCAUCCGCCUUCGGACAUCGGAAUGGCCACAGUACUCUCCAUUCGAAGAACAGUGCCACCCGCAGUACCUGGUGUCCUUUUUUGUUCCGGUACCCAAUCGGAGGAGGAAGCCACUGUCUAUUUGAAUGCCAUAAACAAUGUUCCCUUGUGCAAGCCCUGGGCCAUGAGUUUCGCCUUCGAUAGGGCGUUGCAAACAUCCAUUUUGCGUACUUGGGGUGGCAAAAAGGAGCAAAUUACUCAUGCCCAAAACGAGCUGAUCAAACGCUGCAAGGCCAACAGUCUGGCUUGCAUUGGUAAAUAUGUGCAUGGAUCCAUUGAAAGUUCAGCGGGCACCGAGAGACUCGUACUCGAGGCUAUUGAGUUCUGAGAGAAACCUUGAUUCAAAAUUCAAUAUUUGGCUAAGCCCAUCAAGUGAAAUUUAACAAUUUGACCCAAAUUUUAAAUCAAUACAAUUUCAUUUUCACAAUUUGGUACAUACAU